CGUCGCUGCAAAAAAGGUUCGCUCACCCGUUCGCUUGUUCUUUCCUAUUGCCUAUUGUGCGAGUGGCUGCGUCCACCGUUCGACAUUGCGUUGCCUCGCUCAUGUGACACAACGUUUAUUUUCCUUGCGGUGCGUGUGCUGAGCAGACGUUGGCAGUAUUAGUACACGGUUGUUCCGCCACGAACGGAUAACUUACAUUUGCUUUGGUGUUUUUCAGCGCGUUGGCCGCGUUUUGUAGACGUACUAUUUAGUGAGUGUCGCUGGCGAGUUUUCGAAUUUCGAAAAUUUGAACGUAAGCAUUGAACUACAACGAAACGGUUUCAGGCGAAAUAACGGUUGUGCAGCAGCUAAAGUUGAGCUGAAAUUGUAUUAAAUACAGGCAGUAUAUUUUUCAUAAAAAAAGUACAGUUAAAUACAAAAAAAACUUAAAACAAUUUAACAUUGCUCCCACCUCUCUGCAACUAAAUUAAUAAAGUUUGCCGCAUAAAAGCGAAAACUAACAAAAUAAAAUUUUGAUAAUGCAAAAAUAUUAAAACAGUGACGGAAGUUCAAAAUUAAAACCACAAACACACACACAACCUCUGGGCGCAGCGCAACGCAGCUAAGCGCGAAUAACCGCCGUUAGAACCGCAGCAAAGCGUAGUAAACAAAAAUUCAAAACAAAACAUAAAACAACAACAACUACUAAAAUUGCAACAACAAAGUCAACGAAAACAAACCAAAAAAAACAAAAGACAAAGUAACAGUGACUAAAGCACUCAUACUAACGACCACAACCACCGCUUCCCAGCAGCCAUACAACAACAAUAGCAUUAGCAAGAACAAGAACAAAAACGAAACAUUAAGUGUAAUCCCAAAAGGCACACAAAAUGGGCUGCAACACCAGUCAAGAGCUGAAGACAAAAGACGGCAAUGCUGCCAGCACUAAUGGCGAGGGUGAGCUCGCCGCCGAAGCCGUCACCGCCACCAACACCGCAACCAGCAAUGGCGAUGUUGGUGCCGGCGAGCAGAAUGGCAAUUUGGUGGAGCAACAGAAGAUGAGCGGUGGCAGCGCUGGCAGCCAACGAAAGACAGCAUCCGCAGCUUCUGCAACCUCCGCAGCAUCGGCAGCUUCGGCGGCCACGGCGACGUCAAACAAUCUCACAAAUCACUCGAAAUCAAAUUCAAUUAUAAGUAACGGUGAUGCUAACAAGCGCAGCGCCUCACGCGACGAGGGUGACGGUGGCAUACUCGAGAAGGCGUUGGCGGCUGUGAAACAGCAAUGCGAUAAAGCGGAAAUAUCCGAGUUCAACGAUAUGAGCGAAUUGGGUGAACUGGGUGAAUUGGGCGAAGACGAAGCCAAAGCCGCCACUAAAAUCCAAGCCGUUUUUCGAGGACACAAAGUAAGAAACACCAUGAAGAAGAGCGAAACUAAAUCCACCCCCACCGCUAGCGCCAACGCUGCGUCUUCUAACAAAAAUGAUCAUAGCAAAACCGUUGCUGCGUCGGCGGCAGCUGCAGCCGCAGCGGCGGAGCCAACCAAAGCUGAAUUAGAGGCUGAAUUCGAUCCCAAUGACAAAGAACUGUGUGAUGCCGCUGCGAAAAUCCAGGCUGCAUUCCGUGGCCAUUUGACACGCAAAGUUGUGACCAAAGAUACGCCCGACGAUGUCGACAUACAGGAGAUCACCAAGAAGGUGGCUGAAGAGCUGGAUAUCGAUCUCAGUGAUCCGGAAUUGAAUAAGGCAGCCACCAAAAUUCAAGCCUCAUUCAGAGGACACAAAAUUCGCAAGGAAAUAGCCGAAUAAGAGAAUCUUGUGCCCACAUUUUCCUCAUAAAAGAAAAAAACAAAAACAAAAAACAAUGUUGCAACAGAAAAAUUAAUUAAAGAAAGCGUAAAGCUAUAACACUAAAAUAUGAAGAAGUAUAAUUGCUAAAAAUGUUAAGUAAAUACAAUUUGAAUUAUAUAUAAAAUAACUUAAUUAAAGAAAGCAUAAAGACACAUAGCUAAUGAUGAGAAUACCAUGCCAUUUGUGAAGCAAAAUAUUUGAGAUUUAAGGCAUAUGUACCAUAUGAUUGCCAUACACCUACAAUUGCAUACACUGAGCGAAAAGAGCAGCGUUCGUAAAACACAAGCUUUCUUCUAAGAGCUGAGAAACAGUACAUAAAUAAUAAAUAAAUAAAAAUUGUUGAGAAAUUUAAUAGCAAAUGAUAAAUGUUAAAGAAAUAUGAACACAAAAUGAAAAGAAAAAAUCAAGAAAAAAUUGAAAUGAAAAUGAAAAAAUUAAAAAUUGACACUUUAUAACGGUUCAAACAUAUGUGCGCAGUGUUGCAUUUUCGCUAGUUUAACACAAUAUGAAAAUCAUUUAUUUUUUAAUAAAAAAUUUGCAAAUAUUUAUAACUUUAUACAUUUUUAGGAAAUAUUUUUGAUGCAUUUUUUUUGUUGAAUACAUUUUUUUAAACUCGUUUUACUGCACUGUUCCGCAGCAUAGGGGUUUCACAAUACAUUCUCUUUGAGCUUUACAAUAAGUAACUGAAAUAAAUAUAUUUUUUAAUUUACAAAAAAAGUAGUAAUAUGAAUAUUAAAAUAUAUAAUUAAAUGUAGUCUAUGUAUUUUAGCUGGUGAAGAUUGUAGAAUCGCGCCAGCAAUAAACAAAAGCUUUGCCAAAUUAUGUAGUUGUUGACAUCAGAUUAUAUAUAGAGCUCGGUAUAAGUUUUACUCUCAUUUUUUGCUGAAUUGACGUAAAAGUGCUAGAUUGCUUUGAGAGCGUGUUGCUAACCAUGUAACAUAAUAUUGAGGCCCUGUGUUCCACCUAGAAUACUUUGAAAAUAUAGAUAUACAAUGGAACUCCCUAACUCAAAUCACCAAAAUCCCCAAAAAAACUUCGAGUUUAAAGAGGCUUCUGAGUUAUGGAAGGUUAUUUUGUAUGAAAUUUGACUUCUAUUGCCUAUCCAAGACCUCGAGUUUUGGAGAACAUCAAGUUAUAGACGUUCGAGUUAUGAAAGUUCAACUGCAUAUACAUUGAGACCUUAGAAUAACUAAGAAAUAGUUGUAAUAGCUGCCUAAGAGCCAAAA